ACCUUGAUCCUCCUGAUCUUAGCCUCCUGAGCAACUGGGAAGACAGGCAUACCCUGCCACACCCAGCUAACUGUGGUUGUUUUGAUGAAAGCUUUCCUGGGAUGCAGGAGAAUGAAAGCUCCAGCAUUGAUAUCACUUGCAUUUCUGCCGCUGUCAUGGUGGCUGUGACUUUGGAGAAGUUCAGUAUGUGCAGAUCCAGCCUCACUUGCGUAUCUCUUGUCUGCCUUGGGUGGGUCAACAAGCAUUCAACUACUUUCUCUUGAUCUCCCAGAGCCAGCCAGUCUGUGGUCCUGGCAGUUUGGCCCUGGGGCCCCAGAACAGAAUGAGCAGAUAGCAUUUUCACAGUAACAUAUUAUUAUUAGCUAGCAUUUAAGAGCUCUGUGAUGUUCUCCGUUUACAGAAGAGGAAAUUGAGGCUUAGCGAUAUUAAAUAAUGUAUCCAAGGUCUCCUAACCAAUAAUUGGUAGAGUCAGAGUUUGAACUUGAGUCCACCUGACGCUGGAGCCUGCUCUUGUCUUGACAGGCCAGCUGUCCUACUUCUUCCAAGUGAAUUAGGGUGUUCCACACAGUAUUCAUUCAGCAGAACGGAUCUGGACCUCCUUAGAGAUGAGUAAACUGGAGACCACCAGUGCUAGACUCUUAUUAUCCCAAACACAAAUGUCCCGGAGCUCUACUCUUCAUCUGGCCAGAUGAGGCUGUGAAGAUAAAAGCGUGUGGCUGGCAUGUGGGAGAGGUGUGGUCUGAGGGGCAGACACACUGUGUAAGUCCCUGUGUCUUCAGCCAAACGGAUGACAUAUCUGAGAAUGAUCUUAUUAAGACCUCCAGGGGAAAAGUAUUAUGAAAAGAUGAGCCUGUCCACGUAGAUUGAAUAAGCGCCUGAUAUUUCCAGAUCUGUUCUAAGACUUCAUCUGUGGGUUUCAUUGCACCCCUGUGGUAUGGCCUCACAUGUGCAAGUUUUCUCCCCUCACACCCUUCAAUCAAGUGCCUUCUGUAGUGUGAAAAAAUUGAAAGUCGAGCCGAGUUCCAACUGGGACAUGACUGGGUACGGCUCCCACAGCAAAGUGUAUAGCCAGAGCAAAAACGUACCACCUUCUCAGCCAGCCUCCACAACCGUCAGCACCUCCUUGCCCAUCCCAAACCCGAGCCUACCUUACGAGCAGACCAUCAUCUUCCCAGGAAGCACUGGGCACAUAGUGGUAACAUCAGCCAGUAGCACUUCUGUCACCGGGCAAGUCCUCGGCGGACCACAUAACCUAAUGCGUCGAAGCACUGUGAGCCUUCUUGAUACCUACCAAAAAUGUGGACUCAAGCGUAAGAGUGAGGAGAUUGAGAACACAAGCAGCGUGCAGAUCAUCGAGGAGCACCCACCCAUGAUUCAGAACAAUGCCAGCGGGGCCACUGUAGCCACUGCCACCACAUCUACUGCCACCUCCAAAAACAGUGGCUCCAACAGCGAAGGGGAUUAUCAGCUGGUGCAGCAUGAAGUACUAUGCUCCAUGACCAACACCUACGAGGUUUUAGAGUUCUUGGGCCGAGGGACAUUUGGACAAGUGGUCAAAUGCUGGAAACGGGGCACCAAUGAAAUUGUGGCCAUUAAGAUCCUGAAGAACCACCCGUCCUAUGCCCGGCAAGGACAGAUUGAAGUAAGCAUCCUGGCCCGGCUGAGCACAGAGAGCGCCGACGACUACAACUUUGUGCGGGCCUACGAGUGCUUCCAGCACAAGAAUCACACGUGCUUGGUCUUUGAGAUGCUGGAGCAGAACCUCUAUGACUUUCUAAAGCAGAACAAGUUUAGCCCCUUGCCCCUCAAAUACAUUCGCCCAGUCCUCCAACAGGUCGCCACCGCCCUGAUGAAGCUCAAGAGCCUGGGCCUUAUCCACGCUGACCUCAAACCAGAAAACAUUAUGCUGGUGGAUCCCUCCCGACAACCAUACAGAGUGAAGGUCAUUGACUUUGGUUCGGCUAGUCACGUGUCCAAGGCUGUGUGCUCUACCUACUUGCAGUCCCGGUACUACAGGGCCCCUGAGAUCAUCCUUGGUCUACCAUUUUGUGAAGCAAUUGAUAUGUGGUCCCUGGGCUGCGUCAUUGCCGAGCUGUUCCUGGGCUGGCCAUUAUAUCCAGGAGCUUCAGAAUAUGAUCAGAUUCGGUAUAUUUCACAAACACAAGGAUUGCCAGCUGAAUAUUUAUUAAGUGCAGGGACAAAGACAACUCGGUUUUUCAACCGUGACACAGACUCACCGUAUCCUUUGUGGAGGCUGAAGACACCAGAUGACCACGAAGCCGAGACGGGGAUUAAGUCGAAAGAAGCGAGAAAGUACAUUUUCAACUGUUUAGAUGAUAUGGCCCAGGUGAACAUGACGACAGAUUUGGAAGGGAGUGACAUGCUGGUGGAGAAGGCAGACCGGCGGGAGUUCAUUGACCUGUUGAAGAAGAUGCUCACCAUAGAUGCCGAUAAGAGAAUCACUCCAAUUGAAACCUUGAACCAUCCCUUCGUCACCAUGACACACCUUCUCGAUUUUCCCCACAGUACACAUGUCAAGUCAUGUUUCCAGAACAUGGAGAUUUGCAAGCGUCGAGUGAACAUGUAUGACACGGUGAACCAGAGCAAAACCCCUUUCAUCACUCAUGUGGCCCCUAGCACAUCUACCAAUCUGACCAUGACCUUUAACAACCAGCUGACCACUGUCCACAACCAAGCUCCCACCUCUACCAGUGCCACUAUUUCCUUAGCCAAUCCCGAAGUCUCCAUACUAAACUACCAAUCUACACUCUACCAGCCCUCAGCGGCGUCCAUGGCCGCAGUAGCCCAGCGGAGCAUGCCGCUACAGACCGGAACAGCCCAGAUAUGUGCCCGGCCUGACCCCUUCCAGCAAGCUCUCAUCGUGUGUCCCCCUGGCUUCCAAGGCCUACAGGCCUCCCCGUCCAAGCACGCUGGCUACUCGGUGCGGAUGGAGAAUGCCGUUCCCAUUGUCACUCAAGCCCCUGGAGCUCAGCCCCUUCAGAUCCAGCCAGGUCUGCUUGCCCAGCAGGCCUGGCCCAGCGGGACCCAGCAGAUCCUCCUCCCCCCAGCCUGGCAGCAGCUGACGGGAGUGGCCACCCACACGUCGGUGCAGCACGCAACUGUGAUUCCUGAGACCAUGGCAGGCACCCAGCAGUUGGCCGACUGGCGGAACACACAUGCUCAUGGCAGCCAUUACAAUCCCAUCAUGCAGCAGCCAGCACUGUUGACUGGUCAUGUGACCCUUCCAGCAGCCCAGCCCUUAAAUGUGGGCGUGGCCCACGUGAUGCGACAGCAGCCAACCAGCACCUCCUCCUCCCGGAAGAGUAAGCAGCACCAGUCCUCUGCCAGAAACAUCUCCACCUGUGAGGUGUCCUCCUCGCAGGCCGUCAGUUCCCCUCAGCGAUCCAAGCGCGUCAAGGAGAACACCCCUCCCCGCUGCGCCCUGGUGCACACCAGCCCGGCCUGCAGCACGUCCGUCACCUGCGGCUGGGGCGACGUGGCCUCCAGCACCACGAGAGAGCGGCAGCGGCAGACCAUUGUCAUCCCCGACACCCCCAGCCCCACCGUCAGCGUCAUCACCAUCAGCAGCGACACGGACGAGGAGGAGGAGCAGAAGCAUGCGCCCACCAGCACUGUCUCCAAGCAAAGAAAAAACGUCAUCAGCUGCGUCACAGUGCACGACUCUCCCUACUCGGACUCCUCCAGCAACACCAGCCCUUACGCGGUGCAGCAGCGCGCGGGCCCGCACGCCACCAGCUCCUUCGACUCCAAGGGGGCCCUGGAGAGUCACUGCACCGGCAACCCCCGCACCAUCAUCGUGCCCCCCCUGAAGACCCAGGCCAGUGAGGUGCUGGUGGAGUGUGACAGCCUGGGGCCGGUCAACGGCAGUCACCACUCGUCCUCCUACAAGCCCAAGUCCUCCAGCAACGUGACCUCCACCAGUGGUCACUCUUCAGGGAGCUCAUCGGGAGCCAUCGCCUACCGGCAGCAGCGUCCAGGCCCCCAUUUCCAGCAGCAGCAGCCCCUCAAUCUCAGCCAGGCCCAGCAGCACAUGGCCGCAGACCGCACCGGGAGCCACCGACGGCAGCAGGCCUACAUCACUCCCACCAUGGCUCAGGCUCCGUACUCCUUCCCGCACAACAGCCCCAGCCACGGCACUGUCCACCCCCACCUGGCCGCCGCCGCCCACCUCCCCACCCAGCCCCACCUCUACACCUACACGGCGCCCGCGGCCCUGGGCUCCACCGGCACCGUUGCCCACCUGGUGGCCUCUCAAGGCUCAGCCCGCCACACCGUGCAGCACACGGCCUACCCGGCCAGCAUCGUCCACCAGGUCCCCGUGAGCAUGGGCCCCCGGGUCCUGCCUUCGCCCACCAUCCACCCGAGUCAGUAUCCAGCCCAGUUUGCCCACCAGACCUACAUCAGCGCCUCGCCAGCAUCCACCGUCUACACUGGAUACCCACUGAGCCCAGCCAAGGUCAACCAGUACCCUUACAUAUAGACACUGGAGGGGAGGGGCAGGUGGGGAGGGGGGCUCCUGGGACCCCAUGGGGGGGGCUGGCUUUUUAUACUGAAGGUGCCACACACAAACAAUGCAAAUGGGGUGGGGAGGGGGGGCAGGGGACGAGGGGACACACAGGAAACUUGAACUAGAAAGUGGGAGGACUUAGAGCAGAGAACAUUUUACAAGGAAGGGAUUAAGGAGGGGGAAAUCUAUGCUUUUUAUUUUAAAAGAAAGAAAAAGAAAAAAAAGAAAAUAUCGGUAACAAAGGAAAAAAAACAAAAACAAAAACAAAACACAGCUCACAAACCCAUUUUGCACCAAACCGGAAAGGAGAAGAGAGUCACGAGAAGAUUCCAGAAGCGAGGGCCUCCCCAGUUUUUGAAGAACUUUACCUAUGAACUUUUCAAAGAUUAUUUUCAUAUGACAGCAAGUGCCAUUGAAGAAUUUGCUGUCAGGGACACCUGAUCUGGAAAACCCAGUCGAUUUUUGUUUUAAGUAAUUGAACAUGAAAAUUAGGGAUUUUUCCAGAACUCAAAGGAGUCAGCACCCCUCCAGAGUGUCAGACCAAGGCCUGAGGAGGCUGCUACUUGGGGGGGACAGUUGGGGGGGGGAAGGAAUGGGACAGCCAGGCUGACAAGAUCCCCAGUGGAAGGGGCGGGGUCUCCUCCUUCUGAGCACUCUGGAUAAAUCUCUAAGCAAUGUUAUUCCUCACAUGUGAUGGAUGUGUGUCGCAAACUUUUUUCUUUUCCCUUUUCUGAUUUGUUUGCUCUUUGAACUGACCCCCUAGUCACCUAGCAUAGGGCUCGCGGUGUACACGGACACCGCAGCAGAAUGUAGCGAACUCCACCCUGGUUUUCUACCUUGUGUUCACCUCCAGUGAUACCAAUAGACUAUUCCUCAAUGUAAUUGCACAGAAACAAGUGACAGGACCUAGGCAUGUAACAAGUGGGGUGGUCCGGGUGAGCGUGUGUGGGUGUGAGCGGGGAUGCCACCCUCCCCGUCACAGCCCUCGCCGUCUUGAUUCUACAUCAUUCCCUCCUAGUGCCUUACCGAAUGACAGACAGACAGACAGAUGCGGUGGAAGGGUUUAUUUCCACUGGUAUUCCAAGAACUAGCUGAGGCUAGUUAGACACCAUCCCACUUCUUCUGUUGUGCUGUUGAAUAUUUCACUUGGGUUUAUGUGUGUUUGUUUGUUUCUCAAUUCUCAUGCCUGUUGUCUUGCUUGGGUUGUGUGGGUGUCAAAGGAGGUGAGGAGAACAGGCAGUGUAGGAGGCGAGAACCUGUGGACUCUUGAGAGAGAUGUUAAGUGCUUGGGCACAUCUGGUGACAGGGAUUGGUUGUGUUGAGUUUUACUUUGGAUGUAGAGACCCAGAGAAACUCCCUGCCCUUCACCCUCACCCCUCACUUGCCCUGGGCUCUGCCUCCUGUAGCCCCCUUCCUCUGGCCAGCUACAGGGAGGGCAGGAGAUCCCGCCCUCCAUUUCUAGCUGCAUCCCUAGCCCCUCCUCUAGAAGCCUGGUAUUCUCAAGCCCCCCUGCCCUGCUCUCCCUCUACUGUGCACCCCAAGGGCGCACCUGAUUUUGCUGUCUGUUGUCAGAUCCUUUCCUUGAUACCAUUUGGGCCUGGCAUUGGAGGGGUCUGUUGGACAGAGGGCUAGAAAAGGAUACUUGGGAGGGUGGCCAGGCGUCUGACCCAGAACUUGAGGAAACACUCCCAGAUAGUUACAUCUCCAAAGAAAUCUUGGAUGUGCCGUCUCGGGACCUUUAAUCCAUUGUCGACUUUCACCCCGCAGGUGGGUAGCGGGUGGGAACUUGUUCAGAGUGAAGCACUCUGAAGCACAUGGAUGCUGGAGAAGUUGUCUGGCCCACGAUGGGCUUAGAAGGGUCUUUUGCUCAGCCAAGUGCCCAAGCACAAGAGAUCUUCCAGCCAGCAGCCUAUCCUCAUCCUCCCUCCUGGUCCCCCCUCCCUCCACAGGCCCCCCCCCAGCCCUUUCCUGUGAAGGGUUUUCCUUGUGACACCCACCCUCUCUCAGUAACAAAGCUGUUACUUAGCUCUUAGCUGUGAAACAACCCUGGAAACUUCCUCCUUCCCCUCCCCCCACUUCCCUACUUCCCAACCAUAAAUUCUUAUAAAGAAUUAGGUCCCCAAACUGGAAAAAAUGUACUGCAGGCCAUGGGCCAACAGGGUACAUGGCCUGUGUGAGGCUGAGCAUACAUAGAUGGCAUCGCCACGGACCCUCCAGAAGCGGAGUGGUGCAGCGAGAUGGCCUCCUCUUGGGCUAUGAUUCAUAUUGGCUUUAGGCGGUUUCGGGAGCCCCUGUCCUGAGCCACCAGAGAAUGGUCAAUUCAGAGAGGGUGAGGGCACAAAGCCUUCUGAAGACCCCUGAGCCACCAGUUGGCAGCUGGAAAACCUGACGGUAGCAAUGUCCCAUCAGACCUUCUCAUACCUACUUAUAGAGUCUGGUCUUGGCUGUAAGUCUGACUUUGCCUUACUGGUAGUGUCCCGGGCUCCCCGGCACAGAGCUGAUCUUCCAGUGGUAAAGUUGGCUCGACACAUUCUUUCCAUUUCAUUCCAUCUGUUUCAGCUGAAGAUCCUUCAUCUUUCACCCCCAUGCCCAAUAGAUUCUUUUCUCCCUCCAUAUCAGGAAUUAAAAUUCCAUGCUGCUCAUAAAGGUAAUAUUAUUGUACUGAUUAUUUUUUGUUAUUGUCCUUGUCAUUAUCAUUAUCCUGUUGCUAUUUUAGUUCAGGGUUUUAAGUGCACAUUUAUUCCAAGUAUCCAUGUUUUCUCUUGAAUAUUUAAACUUACUAUGUCUGUGAGUAGUAUUAUCAGUAUACUGGAGGGACAUACAGAUGUCCAGUUUUUGUCAGAUUUUAAAAAAAUGGAAAGUUGGAAAGUUGCAGGAGUUAGGAAGAUUGUUCCUAUCGCCUCUAUUUUAACAAGAGCCAUCGAGUAAACUUCAUCACAGAAUGGCAUCUUCAAAAGAAAAUGUCAUUUAUGUCCUGCGCAGCCCAGCUUGGGAACUUAACAGUGUGGUCCCCACCAACGAUGUUAUGGUUUCUAGACUCAAAGUGGCUAGGGCUGUCACAUGGGCAUCAGUUCCUGGGCUCAGGUGCUCAACACUGACUGUUGGACCCUUCGAGCCAGCUGCUCAUUCUCUGUGCCCUCCCAUGCAUCUGAAAUCUAUUUGACUGUAGAUUCUCGGCUUCCCUCACCUGAUAUGUAAGCGCGCACACACACACACACACACACACACACAAAAAAAAAAAAAAUCCCCCUUUCUGGAGCUGACCCGACCCCUCUCUGGGCAUACCCCGAAUGUGGCUUGCAUCCUUACAGUUGUCCCCACUGGAUGGCGCUGGGAACACAUAGGAAGAUGACAGGCAGCUGGUACCUUCCUGGGGACAUUUCCAUUUUCCUAUCCCUUCCUCCCCUUAGACUGUAUACUCCUUACUGAAUCAGUCUGCCUGCUAUCCCUCUAAACGUCCUACCAGCACACAAUAUUAGUGAGCCAAAAAGAAGAACUGGAAGGUCACACAGAGAAGCCUGGUUAACGUCCAACUACUGCUUAGACAGUUGUCAGCCAGCACGCCUCUGAAAGCAUUGGCCCUGCAAGUCCUUACAGCCUAUCCCCUGGGCUCUGAUUGUGCCUCUCAGUGCCCUGAGCUUUGGGUGCCUGUCCAUUCCUGCCCACCAUAUCCCCAAAACAACCAGGCCCCUGAUGAAGAGAAGUGCCAGCUUGCUAAAGGAAAAUUGAAUUGUGGGGAAGCAGACCACACACCUUCACUCCUAGACCCCACCAGGCACCCUCCUCUACCCGAAACCACACGGGAAGAGCAGCCCCUACCUACCCUACUGGGUCCUCAGGACCAAGUUCCCUGGCAGAAAGGAUAGACAAGUUCUCCUGUCCCUCAGACUAAACUUGGAGGCCACAGACUAAGUCUUUGCUUAGACCAUAAAUCCCCAGCGCCUGCUAGUCCUUUCCUAGUAAAGAAAUGGGGUUCAGAGCACAGGAAAAGGUUGUGAAGGACAGGUCAAGGAAAAAGAUCUCACCAGAGCCUCAGGAACCUCAAGUCGCUCUGCUGUCACUCUCUGGGGUCUGUCGGGGCCUCGGUAGCCAUGUUUCUGUGCCUCUCGGUGAUAUUCUGGAUGUUUCCAAGGGGAAGCUGGUGAGCAGGCCAAUGGGUGGGUAAGUCUGGCGUUGAUGCCGAUGACUGACGUGAAGUGGAGGGGGUGGGCCGCGGUAUUCUGAGAAGGAGGCAGGGUGUACGCGUGCAGCCGCCCGGGCGGCAUGGUGCAGGGCCCGCGUGGUCUCCUGGACGGCCUCUGCGUUCCUCACCUUCCUGGCAGCUGAGUUGUUUGGGGACUGCAGAAGCCAGCAGGGCGCUGUCACCCCCACCCUCCCCAGCCCCCAGGACUUGACCUGCACCAGCACCACAGUGUUGGUGGAAGGUUGGGAAGGGGAGACUACCACAACCCGCAGGCUGGUCCCCCUCGGCAAGGUCUUGGGAGUUGCGAGCACUCCUUUUGGAAUGAGCGAGCGAGCGCGGGGUGAGGAUUUCGCAGGAGCGAGUGUGUUGGAGGCAGUGGAAGGAAGUUCUUGGAAACCAGAGCGAGGAGAUGAGGAGGUUUACGGAAGUCUUACUGGUGGUUUGUGGUGGCAAGAACGGCCUGGGUUCCCCCCCCUCCCCUUCCCCACCCUCCUCCCGGGACAAGGUAGAUGAGGGAGGGCUGCGCUUGCUGGCCUACCAAGUAGCUGCUAGGACAGAAAGAAGACAGCUCAACCAACCCAGAAUUCCACCCAGAGGCCCAUGCUGGGACUGCAGCCACCUGCAGAGCCCUUGUGGCGUGACCCCUUCGAGCCCGUGGACUGGCAGGCUGCUUUCACUUUGGUGGUUUUGCUUCCUGGUGUGUUUCUUGCUGAUUUUUCAGAGGCGGCCCUCAACCUUGUGCAAGCCAGAGAUGUCCUUACCAAAUUGGAAAGGAAGGUUAAGUAGUUCCUUUCUGUAGCCAAAGAACCCUUCUCAAAUACACCUCCACCGACGGACAAAACGGGAUCCCUCCUGUCCCUUCCUAGGCAAAAUGGCACUGCUAGCAGUGAGAUUCUAUUCAUCCUUCUCCUCUUUAUCCAUUUCGUGAUUUCAAAGCCCAACUCAUCUAUUAAGAAGGCUUGGAGUAGCAUCCUAAACUCUACCUGUCUCAGGAAGUGCUUACCUCAGCUCCUGUUGCCAUGGGAACAAGGAUCAGACCUUCCUUGGCCGCUUCUGCAGUACCUCUCCACCUCUGUAUCCCAGGGUUCUCAGCUGUGGUCUCCAAGACUGGACUCUCUAGAAAACUUGAGUGUGACAAAAUGGAAUUUGAUUGCCAAAGAGACCUUGUAAAGGCUUUGGCUAUGUCACUUACUGCAGUGGGCCAACUUAGGAGAAGUUUCUUGAGUCUUUAGGGCAGCUCCUGAACGUUUUAAGAGAAAACUGGCCCUAGGCUAAUUCUUCCCUUCAGGCCUGUCACAGGACCCCAGCACAGAGAGGGCUACCCAGUGCCUUUGGCGAGGCUCCUUAUAGGAGCCUUUGAGAGCCCUCCUGUCAUUUCAGCCCCAUAACUGGAGCAUCACAUCAGUCACCCAUUUGUACAAACAAGCAGUACAUACCCUUCAGUAAAGACUUGCUCACAUCUGUUGCAUACCUGGAGCCAUCACCCCAGUGAUGUGUGUUCCCCGCUAGCAGAGGAGGCUGACGCUCUGAGAACAUAGCGUGUGUUAAAGGAAGGUCAUAAAGUAGUGAGGAAUCCAGAAUCCCCAAGUUUCUAGGCCUUGUUGCUGUAUCCAGGCCUUUACUGAAAUGCCAUUUGGUCUCACUUUUUUAACUCUAAUUACUAGUGAGGAGCGCCUGUUCCUGAUGAACCCUUUACAGUCCCCUGGGUUCCUGUGUGCUAGACACCAUGGUCAGAAUUGCUUGCUCCCUGCUUAGCCUUUUCUCUUCCCAUUAACCCUAUGGGACCAGCAAUUCUCAAGUCUCUGUACAGAUGUUAGAGCUUAUAGCCUGCCCAGGGCACCCACCCAGCUAGUAAGAGGAGCCGACCUGAGCUCUCAACCACCAGCCUCAGCUCUGUGUGUGUGUGUGUGUGUGUGUGUGUGUGUGUGUGUGUUACAGAGAAAGGCUUUUGGAGAUGUUACACCAUGCCCUUGUGCACUGGGACUCUGAAGGAGGCCCAUGCAAAGCGGUUUCCCUGAGCUAUAUGCAGGUUGAGAACAGUCUCUGGGAGUUUCUUUUGAUUUCCCCCAAAUUCCUUUUAGAUUUCUUUCCAGCCAACUAACUAGCUUUAGUAAUGCUGCUAUAACAAAACUCUUAAGAGAGUGAAGGGGGAAAAUAAGUGUUUUCUUCUUUUAAAAAAUAAUAACUUUCUUGCUUAUAGUUAAUUCUAGAAAGGCAAUACUAAAGGUAUAUAUUUUUUUCAAAAUGCUAUUUUUUACUGCACUUGAUCAGUAUCAUGACAGCUCUGAUUUCUGUAAUGGAUUUACUCCACAGCUCUGGGUGGCGGGAAGCAAAGCUUCCACCAAAUUGUAAAUACCAUGCAUGGAUCAGAGUCCAGGAAACUUUCUCUUUCUAUUAAAAAAAUAAUGAAGAAGAAAAACAAGA